AUGGACAAGGUCAUUCUCAAGAACCUCAAAUUCGAUUUAGCUGUAGGUUUCGAUGCCUGGCGUCGGUACGGGAAACCACAGCCUGUGUCUGUCAACCUCGAAAUUCACCCACGGUCGAAUCUGGAAGCCGCCGCGGCCCAGGACGACGUCAAUCUCUCUCUGGACUAUGGCAAACUGUACAAGAGUAUCUCUGCCGUCCUGGCAAAUUCAGGGCCCUAUCAGACAAUCCACGUCCUGAUUGAUCAACUUGCUCAACUCAUGCCUGAAUACGCCUUUCUCGACAUCGACAUCCUGUUUCCCAAGGCACUCUUACAAGUGAACAAAGGAGUCUUGUACCGCCUUCAGGUCGACAACUCCACUCCUGGAGUCAUGACACCUACCUUGACCCUUGAUAUCAAGGGUAUCGCUUGCAGCUGCAUUAUUGGAGUCAAUCCUCAUGAACGGCUCUACAAGCAAUCAUUGUCCAUGGACAUAAGUAUCCCGGUGAUAACAACCGCCCUUGGUCCUGAGCCAACUGAAACGCACUAUACGGCGGAGCUGCACGACAUGGUUGAUGAAAUCAUCGAGCGGGUAAAAGGAUCAUCCUAUCAUACACUCGAGGCUCUUGCUUCUGCAGUGGCACAAGUCGUCACCCUGAGUUACGGCCACACAGUUGCAAAAGUUCGCGUUGAGAAGCCAAGCGCAAUUGCAACAAUCGAAGCUGCUGCCGUGGAGGUCACUCGAAGCAAAACCUUCUUCGAGAACAAAGAUUUCUGGAAAGUUAAGAGGCCUUGA